AUAUAAACAAUCGUAGGCACGAAGUCUUAAUGUAAAUAAUUAUAAUUAUAUAAAACAAAAUAUAUUAAUUCCAAGCUUAUCAGUAUAAUGUGGAAGGUCGUGGUCACGAUAGUGGUGUUAUCAGCUCUAUGUGAUAUCUACGCAUUGGACUACAGGCUGUGUCAAGAAACGCCGAAGGAGAAACAUUGUCUAAUAGAGUACAGCGUAAGGUAUCGAUGGCCGCAUCAAGUCAGAUACGUCUACAACUGGCAUACUAAAUCCUGUUUCGAGAUCCGUUGGUCAGCACAUUGCCCCGCCGUGCCUUUGCCGACAGUGACCAACAACUUUCCUUCAGAGAGCGAAUGCCUGGACGAGUGUGGUGGCUGGGCAUAGCUUAGAACAUGUCUAAUAAAGAAGUUUGAAUUUCGAA